AUGUACAAGCAGAUCAGCGAGCACUUGUACAUCCGAGAUCUGCCUUGGCUGGGCGUGUACUUCUCGCUCCAGUGUCUGUCGCCGAGUGAUACGUCGCAGUCGGUGGUCAAGUGGCAGUUCCGAGGCUACGAGUGCAGUCGCGACGAUGGGGAGGGCCGCGUUUGCUCCGAGUUUACCACGACCAAGCUGGAAAGUGACCGCGCCCCUCAUGACCAAACACAAGUCCACGUGAUUGCCCGCCAGAGCUCGUCGACCGACGUCGAGCGUCGCCUCCAGUUUGAAAUGCCCGUGACCGUGGCCCCACCGACCUUCACCACACAGACUGCGUACUACAGCUGCGACUAUUCCAAUGGCGGGGGUAGCUGGUGCUGCGCACAGUCGAACCAGGGGUCGGGAGGGCCGUACUGCUGGGACUUGAACACUUGCUCGGAGGACUACUCGGCCUGGAACCAGCAGAACCUCAUUUGCUGCACGUCGAGCGCGGGGGACUGCGCUCUCACG